AUGAAGUUGGUGUGUAAAGAGGAGCAUCCUUUUGAGAAGCGCCGCUCUGAGGGCGAGAAGAUCCGAAAGAAAUACCUGGACCGGGUCCCGGUGAUAGUAGAAAAGGCUCCCAAAGCUCGGAUAGGAGACCUGGACAAAAAGAAAUACCUGGUGCCUUCUGAUGUUACAGUUGGUCAGUUCUACUUCUUGAUCCAGAAGCGAAUUCAUCUCCGAGCUGAGGAUGCCUUGUUUUUCUUUGUCAACAAUGUCAUUCCACCCACCAGUGCCAGGAUGGGUCAGCUAUUUGGCAAAACCAAUUAUUGUCAUUUUAAAAAUUAA